GCAGAGAGCGCGCACUUCAGUCGGAGCCGGUAACCGGACCCGAGCAUCUGUGAGCGGGCUGCGGAACCACUCAGCCGUCCGGAGGAGGUCUGAGGUGGGCGGAGACAGAAGCCUGAGGAUCGGACUACCCUUCCUCUCUCUCUCUCUCUCUCUCUCUCUCUCUCUCUCUCUCUCUCUCUCUCUCUCUCUCUCUCUCUCUCUCUCUCUCUCUCUCUCUCUCUCUCUCUCUCUCUCUCUCUCACACACACACACACACACACACUUUACACACACAGACACAAGGAACGAGGCAUCAUGGCAACUACUACUUGUACCCGCUUCACUGAUGAAUACCAGCUGUACGAGGAGCUGGGCAAGGGGGCUUUUUCAGUGGUGCGCCGCUGUGUCAAACUGUGCACAGGCCAGGAGUACGCCGCCAAAAUAAUCAACACCAAGAAGCUCUCGGCCAGAGAUCAUCAGAAGCUGGAGAGAGAAGCCAGGAUCUGUCGACUGUUGAAGCAUCCCAACAUCGUUCGUCUCCAUGACAGCAUCUCUGAGGAAGGAUUCCACUACCUCAUCUUUGACCUGGUGACAGGAGGAGAGCUGUUCGAGGAUAUCGUGGCAAGAGAAUACUACAGUGAAGCAGAUGCCAGUCAUUGCAUCCAGCAGAUCCUGGAGGCCGUGCUCCACUGCCAUCAGAUUGGGGUGGUACACCGAGACCUCAAGCCCGAGAACCUGCUGCUGGCCAGUAAGUGUAAAAACGCUGCUGUGAAACUAGCUGACUUUGGACUGGCUAUCGAGGUUCAAGGAGAGCAGCAGGCUUGGUUUGGUUUUGCGGGAACUCCUGGCUACUUGUCCCCUGAGGUGUUGAGGAAGGAGGCGUAUGGUAAACCUGUAGACAUCUGGGCAUGCGGUGUGAUCCUUUACAUCCUCCUGGUUGGUUACCCUCCGUUCUGGGACGAAGACCAGCACAAACUCUACCAGCAGAUCAAAGCUGGAGCCUAUGAUUUUCCCUCUCCAGAGUGGGACACAGUGACUCCAGAGGCUAAAAAUCUGAUCAACCAGAUGUUGACCAUCAAUCCUGCCAAGAGAAUCACAGCUCAGGAGGCACUGAAGCAUCCAUGGGUCUGCCAACGCUCAACAGUGGCCUCAAUGAUGCACAGACAGGAGACGGUCGAGUGCCUGAAGAAGUUUAACGCCAGACGGAAACUCAAGGGAGCUAUUUUGACCACCAUGCUCGUCUCCAGGAACUUCUCUGUGGGCCGGCAGACUACAGCCCCUGCAUCUGUCAGUGGAAUGGGAGGAACCACCGCCGGUAUCGUGGAACAAGCAGCCAAAAGUCUCCUCAACAAGAAGGCUGAUGUCAAGCCGCAGACUAACAGCGCCAGAAACAGCAUAGUCACGAGCCCCAAAGGCAACGUCCCCUCAGCUGCACUGGAGCCACAGACUACUGUUAUUCAUAACCCAGUAGAUGGGAUAAAGGAGUCAUCUGACAGCAGCAACACCACUAUUGAAGAUGAAGAUGUAAAAGCCCACAAGCAGGAGAUCAUAAAGAUCACGGAGCAGCUGAUCGAAGCUGUCAACAAUGGAGACUUUGAGGCCUACGCGAAGAUCUGUGACCCUGGUCUCACCUCGUUUGAGCCUGAGGGGCUGGGAAACCUGGUGGAGGGCAUGGACUUCCAUAGAUUUUACUUUGACAAUCUCCUUUCCAAAAACAGCAAACCUAUCCACACCACCAUCCUCAAUCCUCACGUCCACAUGAUCGGAGACGACGCAGCCUGCAUCGCCUACAUCCGCUUGACGCAGUUUGUGGACAACCAGGGCCGUCCCUGCUCCAGCCAAUCAGAAGAGACGAGGGUAUGGCACCGCAGGGACAGCCGGUGGCAAAACGUCCACUUUCACUGCUCAGGAGCCCCUGCUGCACCGCUGCAGGGAUGAGCAGAAGGAAGUGAAGUGUAGCUGAGGAGUCGACGAUCCGAGCGACUGAUCCAGCAUGGAGAGAGUGGUGCAGGUGGAUGGAAGAUUGGAUUGCUGUCCUGCGUUCUAUUAACCCACCAUGCCCUUCUCUCUCUACACCAACACGUAAUCUUCGCCUCAGCAGGAGUCCAAUCAGCUGCACUAAGGAGACUGUUCACCUGGGUCCUAUCUCCGGUUAGCCUGUAUGUGGUUGCUCACCUGGACAACACCUUUCCGUUUUUCUGUCAGCCUCCUGUGUGGAACUCUCCUGUUGAUGCUUUUCCUUCUCCACAUACUCACACCUAUAAAUCAUUACUCUCAGUGUCAUUAUAGCUACCGUCUAUCCUUGUGCUCUUUCUACUGUACUGUAUAUUUCUGAACCAUUUUAAUCUCUUCUUUUUUAUGAUGAGCAUGGCUUCUACCUGUACUCCUGGUAUGACCUGUGGUUGUUUAUUUGCACGACUAAAGCUGCCUGUAUAAAACAAACAAGCAGACCUUCGUUUCUCUCCAACAGAGACCGAUGGGUGUAUUCAAUAAUCUGUUUUGUUUUGUUACUUCUCGUUGUUUUUAGCCUUUUAUCUCUCUGGAGUGUUGUUGACCCUGAACCGAUGCCUCCGUGCGUCCUCUGGACCUGUCCAAGCUGCUCUGUGAGACAGUCAAAACCAGCAUGCUAAGAUAUUUCUGUCCUAAAUGAUUCUCUGUGUGCUGAACAUUACUAAUGCUAAAGCUAUGACAACGGUUGACCAUACAAUAUCCUGCUGUUCAUGUACAUUUCCAGUUUUAUCGUGGUGGUAUUUAUUGCAUGAUAUUCAGAGUUAAUGCAUAGCUGAGUGGGAUGUUGUUGUGCAUUUUGACAGGCUUUCUUUUUGGGGGGGCUGAGCUGCUGAUGAGCUCUUGCCCCUGCAUCCUGGGCUGUGUUAAAUGUUAUUAUGAUACAUUUGUGUGGUAAAGUUGCUGUUGUGGAACAUGAAAGCCUUUCUGACUAACUGCUGGCUCCAGAUCUGAUUUGAAAUGGCUCUUUACUGUUUCAUAAAGAAAAAAAUCCCAACUGGUCUUUUUUUGUGUGUGUUUUAGUUUCAAAGCAGAUUCUUAUACAGUAUGUCUGACGACUUCAUGUAAGGAUUCUUAUGUCUUCAUUUUUAAUGUUUUCAGCUUUUCAUGAUGCAUAUUUAAAGGGAGAGUGCACUUGGUGCAGGGGAUUCCAUCUAUUUAUAUAACCUAACGUGUAUUUGCACCAGCUCUCAAAAUCAGAAAUCCCAAAUCUAUGAUGGUGUUUGCUGCAGGGUUCUGCAAGGAGAGGGUGCUUGUCAGGGGUCAACAGGCCGUCACAGUGACAACUGAGACAUGCAAACAGCCAUAUGCACUUACCACUAGGGACAAAUAGUCUAACCAACCUGACAUGCAUGUUUUUGGUUUGUAGGAGAAAGUUGUGUCCUUUCUGCAAAGCAACAGUGCUACCAACUGCACCACCAUGCAGCUGCAAGCUUUAUUCUGCUAACGUUUUUAGAUUUUGGUUAAAUCAUUUUAAUAAGCAAAUUCAGGUUUUUUACUAGCCCACUGUUAGUAGUGAUAAUCUCAGACACUACUGGAAGCUGAUAUUAGAAACCACCCCAUUAACUUCUACUGUACACACACACAGCCCAUUCUGUUCUCUUUUUAAAUUAAUGAUAUUUAUUGAAAUCCUCCGUCAGUGACAACAAACAUCAGACUGGAGUGUUUUCUCAGAAACAAAACAGGUGACCUUUUUUCAUAAGACAUCAAAUGUACUUUGUUGGGUUAAAAACACAAAGAUGAUCAGAAAGGAUGUUUUUAAACUUUCUGGAUGUGAAAAAAUAAAUAUAAGCUGUCACGAGAA